AAUUCUUACCGGAAGUUUCAGUUGGUGCGGAAGGUUACCAACAGCAACCACAAUUACAACGGGUUGAUGUAUGUAUACAUAGAGACAUAGAGAGGGGCUGACAAAUAACAACAAUCAACAUGUCGAUUGCCGUAGCAAUGGCUAGGCACAUCUUUGGCCUAAAGCAAGGUGUGUCUGGCAACAUUUGCUACCAUGAUGAACAAACCAUUGUGUAUCCUGCUGGAGCCAACUGUAUUCUGUUCAACAUCGAUCAGAAAUCUCAGAAGUUUAUCGCUGGAACGCCAGGGAGCGAAGGAAUGACAGCUCUGACUGUUAGUCCCAAUCGCAGAUAUGUUGCUAUUGCAGAAAAGGGAGAGAAACCUGUCAUUACUAUCUAUGAUCUUCACAGCCUGCGUAAGAGGAAGGUUUUGAGCUCUUCAGAGUUCGUGAAAUCCAAUGAGUAUGUCAGCCUGGCUUUUUCACCAGAUUCCAAAUAUCUGGUGGCACAGAGUGGAAAGCCGGAUUACACUCUUCUAUACUGGACAUGGGAGAAAAGCAAAGUUAUGGCUGUCCAGAAGACAUCCAACCCGAAUACAAAUGCUCCAGUGUACCAAGUUAGUUUUAACCCUCAAGAUAACACUCAACUUUGCGUUGUCGGAAAUGGAAUUUUCAAGCACUUCAGGUACCAUGAGGGUGCUUUGAAGCCAUUCCUAAACUUCCAGAAAAUGGAAGCACACAACUACUUGUGUCAUGCCUGGGUGUCCGAUGAGAGAGUUGUUGUUGGCACAGACACUGGCCACUUGUUCCUAUUUGAACAGGGAGAAGCUAAGAAUGAGUUUAACCCUGUACAACAUAAAGAUGAAAAGAAAACUGGGGACGAGGAUGCAGAUUCUCUGGCUACCAUUAUUCCACAAGUAACUGCCAUUGUGGCCUACUCCAAGGGAUUUGCAUGUGCCUGUGGACCUGGAACUGUUCAUCUUUAUGAGAAAACAGAUGAUAAAGAGUAUUUCAAGAAAACAAGAGAAAUUAAGAUUCCACCAGACAGUAACAGUGCUGAUCCCACCAGUGCCCAAAAGCAGAUCAUUACCUGUCUGACAGUCAGUCCAUCCGAAGAGACACUGGUCGCCAGUACAAAUCACAGCCAGCUCUAUUACAUUACACUCCCAAGUGCUGAUCUAGGCAGGAGUGAUGGAGACCAGAUUUACUUUGAGACCUUGGCUCAGUCAUUCCACAAUGGACAGGUCCUAGGAUUAGAUGUCUGCAUCAGGAAACCCCUAAUUGCCACCUGCUCAUCAGACAAGUCUGUCAGAAUCUGGAACUAUGAAACCUGCAAUCUGGAGCUAUACAGAGAAUUUCCAGAAGAGGCUUUGAGUAUUGCUCUUCACCCAUCUGGAUUAUACAUCCUGGUUGGAUUCAGCGACAAACUCCGCUUGAUGAACCUAUUGAUAGAUGACAUCAGAACAUUCAAAGAAUUCCCCAUGCGCACAUGCAAAGAGUGUGCAUUCAGCAAUGGAGGACAUCUCUUUGCAGCUGUUACAAGCAAUAUCAUUCAAAUUUUCUCUACCACCACCUUUGAAAGUGUCUCCAACCUAAAAGGUCACAGUGGAAGGGUCAAGGCCAUCACCUGGUUCCCUGACGACAGUAAGAUAGUGUCCUGUGGUAUGGAUGGUGCAGUCUAUGAGUGGGAUCCUUACUCCGGAAAACGCACUGGAGACUGUGUGCUCAAGUCCUGCAGUUACUAUGGUGUGGCUACCUCACCCGAUGGAAAAAACACGUUUGCUGUUGGUUCUGACAAGACACUGAAAGAGAUAACACUGGCAGAGGCAAAUAUCCUGAGGCAAGUUGAGACCCAGGAAACAAUACUGAGCAGCAUUGCCAUGUCUCACUCUGGUCGCAUGUUGUUCUGCGGUACCACCAAGGGAACACUGUGGUCCAUGAAGUUCCCACUGAAUGUUCCAGGAGAGUGGACGGAACACCAGGGACACGGUGCAGCCAUCACCAAGAUGAAGAUUUCUUAUGAUGACCAGUACCUGAUCACAGUGGCUGAAGAUGCCUCCAUUAUUCUGUGGAAGAUUCAGGACAAAGAUGGCCGAGGGUUGAAGAGAGACAAGGAUUUUGGAUGGGCUGAGGAAAUUCUGAUUACCAAGAGUGAUCUGGAGGAGAAGAAUACUAUGAUGGCUGAUUUGAAAACGCGUGUGGAGGAGUUGAAGUCUGAGAAUGAGUAUCAGCUGAGACUGAAGGACAUGAGCUACAACGACAAGAUCAAAGAGCUCACUGAGAAAUUCAUUCAGGAAAUGGAGGCUCUCAAGACAAAAAAUCAGGUGCUGAAAACAGAAAAGGACAAAGAGGAGAUGAAACAUGAAGAAGAAAUGCAAGAAAUCAUGGAAAAACAUGCCAAAGAGACACAAGAUAUGGAGUCUGCCAAUAACCAGAAGCUGAUGCUGGAGUAUGAGAAGUUCCAGGAGAUGCAGAGUAAGAUGAUGAAGAUGCAGGAGGAGUAUGAGCGUCAGCUGAUCGAGAAGGAGGAGAGUAAACAAAGGGACAUGGAGCGGCAGACCGAGUACUAUGAGACCAAGCUACAGGAGAUGACCGCCAAACUAGAACAGGCUAAUGAUGAAUCCCGUGAACAAAACAAAGAGUAUGAGGAGACAAAAAAACAGAUUGAGGAGGACUCGGAUAGGGAAAUCUUGGAUAUCAAAAAUAAUUACGAGAUUCAGCUCCGCAGAGAACGGGAGGAGAACAUCAAACUGAAGGGAGAAACUGGCAUCAUGAAGAAGAAGUUCAUUAGCCAGCAGCGUGAAAUUGAUGACCACAAAGAGGAAAUCAACAGAUUCAAAUCUGAGGUGUCUAAACUGAAUGGUGAGAAGGAGAAGAUGAAGAAAGAUAUUCAGGGACUCCGAAAGGAGAUUGUGGAGAGAGAUGACACUAUCCAAGACAAAGAAAAGAGAAUUUAUGACUUGAAAAAGAAGAACCAGGAAUUGGAAAAGUUCAAGUUUGUGCUGGAUUAUAAGAUCAAGGAGUUGAAAAAACAGAUUGAGCCCAGGGAAAAUGAUAUCAAACAAAUGAAAGACCAGAUUCAGGAGAUGGAAAGUGAGUUGGAGAGAUUCCACAAACAGAACACUCAGUUGGAACUGAGCAUCAAAGAACUGACUCAGAAAUUGAAAGCAACAGACAAGGAGAUGCACUUAGAAAGAGAAAAGGUGCAUGAUAUCAAAGCCAAACUAAAGCAGUUCAAAACAGAUCUCCAUAACUGUGUGGGCUACAUUCAGGAUCCUAAGAUGCUGAAGGAGACCAUCAAAGCCUUGUAUGCCAAGCAUGUCAGAGAUGACAUUACUGAGUCUGCCAGUGUUGAUGCAGACAUUCAGAAGGAGUACAGUCGCCAGCGAGAGCAUUUAGAAAGAUCUGUAGCCUCCCUUCGUAAGAAGUUGGCGAAAGAUUCGGAAAUCCAUAGAGCUGACAAUGUCCGCAUUAUGCAGGAAAAUGUCUCAUUAAUUAAAGAAAUCAAUGAUUUGAGGAGAGAACUAAAAAUAGCAAGGACGCAGAUCCAUGAUCUGGAGGCUGCUCUGGGAAUGCACAGCAAGAAGAACAAGAACGACACCGCAGCAGUGGCUGCUUUCUCUUCAAAGGGACCCAGUGCUCUCAUGCAGUCCGAAAUGGAAGAAAAGAACAAAAUUAUUGACAUGCAGAAGUUAGAAAUAAAGAGACUGAGAAUGGAAAUCACUGACAUUGAAAUGGGCUCUCGUCCCCCCUCCUCUCAAAGACUGCCACCUGUCCAGCCCGCCAUUGAAAGUGUAGGCUGAAUUAACUUCCUGCUUAAAUUAUAGGAGUUUAAAAUGGUUAGGAACUCUUGAAAUUCAGUGAGAAAAAUAUUCUCAGUAUUAAACAGACUCCACUUUUAAGUGCUGGACAUUUUUCCAUAAUAAAGUUUUGCACGUCUUUUUUUCCAGUGAAAACAUUUUGAGAUGCUCUUUACACAAAUUUAUACAUUCCCGCUGGACUGUAAAGUUAAAACUUUGAGUUUAUUUUUCUCUGUGUUUUUGUAUUCACUGUCCUCUGAAAGUCCCUCCAGUUCUCAUUCUUAAUUAUGGAAUACAUUGUUGAUCAGAAGUUUUUAACCAUACAUAUAUGAGUAACUGUGUUGACAAUUUCUUAUUAUUGUCUGUGAUAAAUUACAUUAAAUAAUGAUUACAUGUAUUUAUUUUAUCAAUUUAUAAUAAAACAUGAAGUUACAUACUGAA